UAAACCUAACAGGAUGUAUGCAGACAUCUGAACUGCACUUUUUAAACCUGUGGGAACCUUUUCUCUCUACCAUGCUCAGAGAAUGAAGGCCUCUCCAGUCAUGUUGAUAAAAAGGAUUUUACUGUACACCCUCCUUGUAAUGUUGGCUCAGAGCAACUAUCAAGAUUACGGAUCUGAUGCCGCCUCCUAUUGUCCAGUUCAAAUUCAAGUUAAAAGAAACUCUGAGUACAAAAUUAAUCUCGGGAACUCUUUAGUUAUAUACUGUCCAGUUCAUUACUGCAGCAAAAAGCCAGCCAUGCGGUGGUGCAAGAUAGAGGUGGAUACAUGUGUGCUGCUGAAGGACAGCAAAACAGAAUGGAAUUCCAGCGUGUUUACUCUGGAGUUUUUCUCAGUUAAUCAGAAUGACAGCGGAAUUUAUCGUUGCCAAGCAGUAGUGGACAACAUUUCCAGCGUGAGCCAUGGAAUAAAGGUUGUUGUUGAAGAGAAGUCAGCAAACUUUAUCACAAUUUCACCAGAAAAUACCACUAGUAUCUCAGAAGACUCCCAAGAAUCUGGAAACUACAAGACAUUGCACAUUAUUUAUGCUUCAGCAUCUGUGGGUCUAUGUUGUCCAUUCAUUGUCGCAUGCAUGUUUUGGCGUCUAAGGAGGUACCACGCAAAGAAAAAGAGAAGUCCAUUAACUCCACAGAGACAAGAGAGCCUGGUCCGAAGUCUAGCAGCUGCUCCAUCCCAUGCUGCUAGCACAGCUCAAGGUUCAGAAGAAAGCUCCUCGCUUUACUAUUGCUCCAUGGCCAGACCGCUGCAGGCCUUGCACGGCAACCCAAUUUAUGACAACGAUGUCCCUCCCCGGAACGGUCAGGGGACAGUGCCGAAUGCACCUCGCAAUGAUACUGUUAUGCCUUCCUACCCAGUUUUACAUGAAAGCCCAGAUGUUCUCACGUACGCCACACUAAAUCAUUCUGCUUCUGCAGAAAGAAGCCAGAGAAGGCAACUAACUGUAGAAAAUGAAUUUACAGAAUAUGCCUGCAUUAAUGUAAAUAAAUAA